AUGCCAUCUUCCCCUCCAACGCCAACACGGCGUCGCAAGUCCUCAAGUAUUGCUAUCCAUCUACCUUUCAUAUCUGCCACUCCGCAAAGCUAUGCCUGUUCCUCCAUUCGACCUUCCAAUAGCCGAAGAUCAUCUCAUUGCUCGGUAGCGUCUCCGUCGACCCCCCAGCCAAUCUCCUCCCACAACAGGAGUGGGUACUUCGAGUCCUCUAAUGGCUUGGACGAUCUGGUAGACCCAGGAAGUGUGAACGGCCUCGGAAAUCUCGCAGACGAACUGGCGGAAGCCUUCGAGGAAGAGGACGAGAAUGCGCGGGAGCUUGGAGACGAAGUAUCGGAAGGCCUUUACGACGAAGCAGAAGCAAUCCGCCAUGAUCAUUUGAAAGAAAACGGGCGUCCAAUGUUUAGGAAUGGUUAUCAAAAGGGGCAUGCUACCUCUAUAUCGCCAGUCCGACAAGCCACAUCAGACCGCGCUCUGAGCCCUGCCAAACAGUCAUUACGCUCUAGACCCACACGGGAAAACUCGCAGUAUGACGGGUCAGACUACGGCGAUGAUAGCGAUCUGGAUGGCACGCAUAGUAUCUCUGCUUCUCUCGAAGCUCGCCUGGCCGCUGUGGAAAAUCUCGCACGCCGAGGUACCGAAGCCAAUGGUAGCGAUACAGAUGAGAUCGUACAACGCGUGACCGACUCCCUCAAAGACUUGGGUUCCCAAGCUGGCGUCGAAGACGGCUCAGCACGCCUCAUCACAGCCCACACAGCUCUAACAAUACACCUCUCCCAUCAAACGCGCACGCUGUUAACUUUGACGCAUCCCCUAGUCUCUCCUCUCUCUGCUCCUCCGGAUCCCGGGUUCAUUGAUGACCUGCUCCCGCUCUUAACCUCCCUUGUUCUUGCCCUCCCUACACCUACGUCUCCUACACUCGCGUCUCUUCGCAAUCUGCACGCCUCGACGGCGGAUCUUACAUCCAUUCUCACUUACCUCAGCGACACAUUGCACAUGAUGCGUCAAACCACAUCCCUGGCAUCGCGAAGGUUACGAGCGGCCAGAGAACUAGUGAUCGAGAUGCGAAGAGAGACGGAAGCGAGAGAAACGGGCAUUCACUGGGUGGAAAAAGGGAACUGGGAAGCCCGGUUGGCAGGGAGAGAGUGCGCCAGAGUUUGUGGAGAGGUAGUGGGCGGGUUUGAGGAAGUUUGUGCAUCCUGGAGAAAGAGGUUGGCGGGUGGGAUGGCCGGAGUAGAGGUUGCUGCUGCAUGA